AUGACAUCUUCAGACACCAAAGUGGCGGAAAUUCGGACCUCGAUUGUCCCCAAAAAUCGCAGAACAGCAGUGCGUAGCUUAUGGCCUUCGAUAGUUGAAGUCUUAACAAAGCAGCUGAAGUUGAUGGUGUGCAUGAAGACGGACAGGAAAACGUGGAAGGUAUUUAUAAAGCCAUCAGCAGAAACUCGAGAUCCUCAGCACCUUCAAAAAGGAUUUGAUUUUGUGAAUGCUUUCCUGAAAGGUUUCAAGUACGAAGAUGCGCUUGCUGUUGUUAGAAUAGAUGGCAUUUACGUGGACUCAUUUCACAUUAUGGAUGUUAAGCAAACACUUAAGGGUGAUCACAUGGCACGAGCAGUAGGUCGCAUUUGUGGUGCUAAAGGUCGUAUUCGUAUGUGCAUUGAAAAUGCUACACGAACUCGCAUAGUUGUUGCCGAUGAAACCAUACACAUUCUGGGUAGCAAUGAUCGUAUUGCUGUGGCUCGACGAGCAAUUUGUGAUUUAAUACUGGGCGCCCCUCCAAACAAGAUUUUUGGUAAAAUUCGAACUCAUGCAGCUAGAUUAGAUUCUUCUCUGUAAUUUUUAUAAUUUAUGCAUUUUCAAUGCGUGAAACGUAAUUUUUAAACAUUUUUUUCUCAUUAUCACUGACAUAAAUUUAUGUACAGUCUGU